AUGUAUCAGAGUCUGGCCUUGUCCUCCAACCAGUCCCCGUACGCGCACGACGGCGGGAAUUACAUCCACCCCUCCGCCAGCUCUCCGGUCUACGUCCCCACCACCAGAGUCCCGGCCAUGCUGCCCACGCUGCCCUACCUGCAGACCUGCGACUCGCCCCAUCAGUCCCACGGCCUCGGCGGACCCCACGGCUGGCCUCAGACCGCCACGGACGGCUCUUCCUUCACGGCCAGCAGCCCUCAUCCUUCUCACGGAUUCUCCUACUCGCACGGCUCGCCGGUCAGCACCAACACGGGCCGGGACGCCGCCUACCAGAGCCCGCUGGUGCUGGGAAACGGCGCCCGGGCGGAUCAGUACGGAGGCGCUCUGGUGCGCUCUGUUGGAGGCUCCUAUUCCAGCCCGUACGCGUACAUGAGCCCCGAGAUGGCGACGUCCUCCUGGACACCGGGACCCUUCGAGAGCGGAGUGAUCAACCUGCAGGGCCGGCAGGGCGGGCUGUCUGGGAGACGGUCCAGUCUGGACCUGAUGGACGACAUGCCCACCGAGGGCAGAGAGUGCGUCAACUGCGGCUCCGUGUCCACGCCGCUGUGGCGCAGAGACGGUACCGGACACUACCUGUGCAACGCCUGCGGACUUUACCACAAGAUGAACGGAAUCAACCGGCCGCUCAUCAAGCCGCAGAAACGACUGCAGACCACGUCCCGCCGGGCCGGACUCUGCUGCACCAACUGCCACACCAGCACCACCACGCUGUGGAGACGCAACGCCGAGGGGGAACCCGUGUGCAACGCCUGCGGCCUCUACAUGAAGCUACACGGGGUCCCCAGACCUCUGGCCAUGAAGAAGGAGAGCAUCCAGACCAGGAAGCGCAAACCCAAGAUGCCCAAGAAUAAAACGUCCACAGGAGCCAACACCUCCAACACCAGCUCUCCGACCUCACUGUCAGUCUCAGAACACGCUUCGACCAUAAAAAGCGAACCCAACAUGGCUCCAUCACCGUACGCCGGACAGACCGUCACAGCCGCCACCCGGACGGCCUCUCAGUUAGACAGCACAGGGUCGGCCCACGUGGACAUUAAAUACGAGGACUAUCCCUUUACCCCGACCUCCAUGGCCACGCAGAACUCCUGGUGCGCUCUGUCUCAAGCGUGA